AUGGCGCAGCUGCCGCGACUGCGUGUGAGACAAGAGCGAUUGAACGCGCCCGGCCGAGGACGCUUUGGCUAUACACAUAGCGAUAGUCCGGACAUCACAGCAUCACAGCACUGCAGCACCGCAGCACCGCAGCACCGCAGCCUCUUGUUCUGUCGCCUGUCGCCUGUCGCCCGUCGCCCGUCGCCCGUCGCCCAACGCCAUUGUCGAAUCCGGGCGUCCCUGCGGCCUGUCCGGACGACUGCAUGCAGCGAGCACGGCCCUUCUCGCCGACCCUUCUCCAACCUCGCCAUCACACUCCCCGUCACCAUUUCUUCCCGCAGCCCCCCACCUGCGACGGCGCCGCCUGCUGCCUCUGCGUCUGCCGCUGCCCUUGAGCUGGCCACCGCCACUGCCACUGCGCCUGCUACCGACCCCGCCACCACCACUCCCCCCCAACGCUGGUCGCUCUCCAACCGCAUCUUCAACCUCGGCCUGCGCGGCCUGUACCCUGCCACCACUGCCGCCACCGGCCCGCCUCGUCCCCCGGCCUCACGCCUGUGGAACCCCCAGAACCACUCUCCGCGCCCUCGCCAGCAGCAGCGUCAGCAGCAGCGUCAGCACCAGCAGCACCAGCACCAGCACCAGCAGCCGCCGCCGCCGCACCACCUUCACCGCGACCACCUUCACCGCGACCACCUCCGCCGCCCACACCAGCCACCGCCCAAGUCUGCGCCCCGCGAGCCCAACGUCCCCGUCGAGCGGCCACGCUCCGAGCGCGACGAGUAUCCGCUGCUGACGCUCCCGCAGCGCCGCCAGAGCCGCCACAGCCCUGUCUCGAGCUCGCUGCUUGUCGAGCGCUCCACCACUGGGGACGACAUCGUUGGAAGCGGGCGCACCAGCAUCGGCCUGCCGCGUGACCAAGCGAGAGGCCGCUCGAGUCUGCAGCAAGACUGCCGUGGCUCGCGCUCGCCAACCCCAGGGCCCUCCAUGGCCGUCGCACCCUCCGUUGCGCCUACCAGCCCACCCCAGCAUGCAGAGAACCACGACAUAGAAGCUGGCACCCGCCCGCCGAAGCAGAGCCAGGCCGGUCGCGCAGGCCUGCCGGAGAGUGCGCGCACCAGUCUGAGUAGGAGUCGCAGCCAGCGCACCGACGGCAACGGCGACGGCGACGGCGACGAUGCUUCCGAGUUUCCAUGGGGCCCCUCGCAUCCCUGCUUUCCGCAUCCAAACCCCCACGUGCCCCUCAACAGCGAGCUGUACGAGACGACGCGCAUCAUCCGCAUCAAGCGCGAUUGGAUGGUCAAGGGCGAUCUGGCGCCGACCUUUGCGAAUCUCUACCCAGAGAUCCUCGAUCCCCACGUCUCCGAAGACGACUUCCGCGACCUGGUCAAGAAGAUCAAUGAUUCGCUGCUCGCCGCCUUUGACCCGUUCACCUUCCGCGCCUGGCUUGACGCUGUCAUGGGCGUGGCCACUUUUUGGCUGUGGGAAGACGUAGGCUUGUCGGCCGUAAAGGGGCAGCUGAAAGAGCUGGAGGGCUGGAUAGAUCGCUGGAACCGAGACGUGGGCGAGAAGGAGGCGGUCAAGAUCAUCCCAUUGCGGCGGACGGGAUAUCUUACGCUUGACAUCCAGAUCCCAGACCCGCAUCUGGGCCCUGAUAAUGGCACUGUAUCCAGGCCGGACACGAGCGAAGACGAGUUUGGACACGCCGUCCGCCAGAAGACCGAAGAUUAUGGACGCUACACCAUCCCACCUACAUUACAGAUCAACUCCAUACCGCCGGUCAUCGAGAGCCAGUCGUAG